CACACAUCCCUUUACCUCCUUCCCUUCUCACCAAACCAAUUUCAUGCUCCAAGCAGACCUCUGCCAGCUGGCAGACUGUGCUCUCACAGAGGUGGGCUCCCUGGCUGGACCAGGGCUCCAAGCUGCCUUUUCUCUAUUGCUGGGGCUGGGGCGAGGCACUGCUAGCAAGAACCUGAGCUGAAACUCAAGUUGUGACCCGAGCCAGUUGCUGUGCCUUUAAGCCGCUUUCCCUUUCGGGGAAACCUACGCCAGCACUCGAGGGUCGAGAGGCGCCGGAGAGCACUCCCCCCACCACCGCCGAGUUCUGCACUCCCCUCUUUUCUCUCUCCUCCCCACUCCUCCGCCCCUUCUCCCCUCCCCUCCCCUCCCCUCCUUGGCUGUCCAGCCGCCUCAGCGCUCUCCGUCACCUCGCAGCCUGCCGCACUCCUGGAGCGAGAGAGAGCGAGGAGCAAGCCUCCGAGAUGGUGCGGCCCGCAGCGCAGCCAUGGAGCCCACCCGAGGAGCCCGCGCGCACUGCUGCCAGCCUGUCCGCAGCCCACUGCCUGCGCGCCAGCUCCCUGCGUCCCGGGCCAGCUGCUGCCGCCCCGCCAACCUCCGUCCGCCCCGCCGCCCCACGCCACUGAGCCCCACCCCAGUGCCGGGCUCCCGGGCACCACCGGCGCCCUAGUCCCGCCGCCGCCGUCGUCGCCACCGCCUCUGCUCUGCUGCUGCCGCGCAGCCGAGGCGGAGGAGGAGAGAAAGGAGGAGGAAGUCAUGUGAUGCAGGAAGAGUGCACAAAUGAUAUGGAAUGUGUACAGCUGCCAGCAGAGACACUGCGACAAGUGACCAUUCACCGAGACCCUAUAUAUGGCUUUGGCUUCGUGGCUGGCAGUGAGAGGCCUGUGAUGGUUCGAUCUGUGAGGCCAGGAGGCCCCUCUGAGGACAAGCUCCUGGCUGGUGACCAGAUUGUGGCUAUUAAUGAGGAGGACGUGAGUGAAGCCCCCAGGGAGAGGUUCAUAGAACUCAUCAGGAGUGCUAAGGAAUCCAUCGUUCUUACAGUUCUGCACACUCAUCAGUCCCCCAAAUCUGCCUUCAUCAGUGCUGCAAAGAAGGCCAAGCUGAGGUCCAAUCCUGUGAAGGUCCGAUUUUCUGAGCAGGUGGCAGUUGGAGAAACAGAUGCAAAAAUGAUGAAGAAGGAAGCUCUCCUCCUCAUCCCCAACGUCCUGAAGGUUUUCCUAGAAAAUGGACAGAUCAAGUCGUUCACAUUUGAUGGCCGGACCACUGUUAAGGAUGUGAUGGCGACUUUACAGGACCGUCUCUCCCUCAGGUACAUUGAGCAUUUUGCUCUUGUCCUUGAGUAUACUGGGCCGGAACAGAAUCACAAGUUCCUGAUUCUCCAGGACAAGCAGCCCCUGGCUUAUGUAGUACAGCGGACACACUAUCAUGGAAUGAAAUGCCUCUUCAGAAUAAGCUUCUUUCCCAAGGACCCUGUGGAGCUGCUGCGUCGGGAUCCUGCUGCUUUCGAGUACCUAUACAUCCAGAGUCGGAAUGACGUUAUCCGAGAACGCUUUGGAAUGGACCCCAGGCCAGAGAUGCUUUUGGGCCUUGCUGCCCUGCACAUCUAUAUCACUGUUUCAGCCACUCAGCCUAGUCAGAAGAUCACACUCAAGAAUGUGGAGAAGGAGUGGGGCCUAGAGCCCUUUCUUCCCCCCUCCCUCCUGCAGGGCAUCAAAGAGAAGAACCUUCGGAAGUCUCUGUCUCAACAACUGAAGGCCCACCAAAUGCAUCCAUCUAGCAGCACCAAGGGCUCCGCAGUUCAAGCAAAGCUCCAGUACCUUCGAAUUCUGAAUGAACUUCCGACCUUCACUGGUGUUUUAUUCAACACUGUAGGCCUGGACGAGAAGCAGUCAGCCACCACUCUACUGGUGGGACCCCGUCACGGCAUCAGCCAUGUUAUUGACCUCAAAACCAACCUCACCACUGUGCUCUCCGAGUUCAGCAAGAUCAGCAAGGUCCAGCUGUUCCGGGAGAAUCAGGGCGUGGCCCGAGUGGAGACCAGCAUCAUGGAUGCCAAGCCUCUGGUGCUGUUGAUGGAGUGGCCUGAAGCUACCAAUUUUGCCUGCCUGAUUGCGGGGUACUGCCGCCUUCUGCUGGAUUCCAGGAAGAUGGUCUUCUCCAGGCCUGCCAGCCAGCCUCUUCCACCUCCAAUGAUAAAGGCUGAUCACAUGCACAGUGCCCACCGUUCUGUCGCUGGGGGCCACCUGGGGAAAAAGGAGAGUAGUUACAUGGGCAGCCUGGGCACCAGCCCUAGGAAGUCAAGCCGAUGCACGACCCCACCUGCCGACUCUGAGCUUGUCAGCUUCUGCUACCUCCACAUGCGGGAACAAAGGAAGGAGCAAGAAAGCAGGACAGAUGUCAACGAGAACCUAAUUUUCUUCGACGAAACCAGGCCCCGAACCAAAUCUGACCCCACAUCCAAAAGCUCUGGCCAAGGUUACGAGAUGAUUCCUGAUGACUUUGACGUAGCCAGCCUAGACCAUGAGCCUUGUGCCAGCAGGGCCCGGUCCUACACUUUGGACAAUUCCCUUGGGGCUGAAGCCCUGAAUUUCUACUGUGAUUCUUGCAAAGUCAAACUCCAGGAGCAUCUGGGGCCUCGAAAAGGUGGGAGGCCUGGCUCCUCUCCGGACAAUAUGGUAGACUUAAUGUCUCUCCCACCACCAGGAAGUGAGGAAGAGGAGGAAGAGGAAGAUGAGACAACUUCUCUGUUGCCUGCCAUUGCUGCUCCACCCCCUGGUUUCAGAGACAACAGCUCUGAUGAGGAAGAUCCCAAGCUCAGGGCUGUUCAAAGUCAGGAGCAAGGACGUCACCUGCGAGGGCUCCUGUAUGAUGAGAUUCCAGUGACUCUGAUUGACAGUGUACAGACCCGGACAGUACGAGAUCAUGCCCAGGAGCUUGAUGAUGCCCUGGUGUCAACUCUGCAGGCUCUAGAAGCCCUGGCUGCUUCAGAAGAUGGACCCCACCCCCAACCCCCACAAACUGCAGGUCUGAUUGUGCUGGCCACAAUCACUCCUGAAUCAUCGCUGGAUUCGGGUCAUGAAACCAACUCCUCAGAGCUCACAGAUAUGUCAGAGAUGAUGUCGGCCAUGAAGCACCAAAAUACCACCUACUUCCUGGCCCAACACCUCAACAAGGACAGCCUCCUUGCCCGAAAGGACCUACCUUUCAGGAUCCAGAGCUGUGCAGCUCAGGCUGUCCUCACUGCCCCUUAUGCUCUUGGGCCCCCAGACCCCAACCCAUCUCUCCAGCCAGCUGUCACUGGCCAGAGCCCUGGGCCCCCUGGGGCUCGCAGAAAGAUGCCUCAGUCAGAAACCCAGAUGCAGGGAGAGAGAACAUAUUCCUUGGCCGUGCACCCAGCACUGUCCCCACAGCUUAGUGAACAGAAGAAUCUGAGCCUGCUUCCCCCAGUUCCUGAGAACAAAGGGCCAGGCCACAGUAGGCCAGGCCUAGAAAUGUCACUAAGGGCAGCCACACCAUCCCUCAGUGAAGAACAGGUCUCAGAGCUUAGGGAGAACCUGCCCAAGGAAGUCAGGUUGAACCCUAAACUUAUCCUGGACCCAAAAGGCAAUGUGACCCCAGCCAUCAUCUCGGCUGCUCUACAGCAGGUGGUACACAAUAAGAGUCUAGCCACUCCUGGCACAGCUUUGGCAGCACCCUCCAACAGGGGAGAGAGAAGGCUGGAGGCAAGCAUGGGGAGGCCCGAGGUCACCAUGGACAGGCCAGACGUUAACCUGAUGAGUACCAGUGCCAGCAAGAAUCUGAAGUUUAAAAUGAGCCCUGGUGCUCCAGAAACCACACGGAAUUCUCAGCAGCAGCUGGGCCUAGAGGCGUCUGCCAGCCCCAGAGCAGCCACUGGCAGCCGGGCUGACAACCUCCACCUUAUCCCACAAGAGGAUAGGUUUCCUGUUCAAAGUUUCCCUCCCAAGAGCUAUCUAUCCAGAGCAAGUCGAGACUCAGUGGGCAAGCAAACUACUGGGGAGGUGGCAAGCAAGAGUGGGCCAGAGUGUGCUAAGCCUCCCCCUAACAAGCAGAGCACAGUCUCAGGACAGGGGGAGAAAGGGCAGCUGGAGAGCAUAUCCAAAAGCAGCAAGCUUGAAGAGACCAGCCUGGUUCCCCGAGCUGGCUAUCCCAUGGCUCUGCAGAGCCCAAGCUGCCAUGUUCGAAGCCACAGCCCUAGCUGCCAGCCCCGUGGCCCCAGCCCAAGCAGUCAGUCCCGUGGCCAGAGCCCCAGCUGCCAACCUAGAGGCCAGAGCCCAAUGAGGCCUCUGGCCACCAGCCGGCAAGUUAGCACCAUGCCCUCUAGAAAGCUUGAAACAACCCUGGAUGGAGCCCACUUAACCUCUGAAGGCCCCACAAAGCCCAAGUCAUCCCGAGGUCCUUUCCGACUACGCAACUUAUUCUCUGCCACCUUCCCUACGCGCCAGAAGAAAGAGACAGAUGAGAGACAGGCCCAGCUGCAGAAGGUAAAGCAGUAUGAAUUGGAGUUCCUUGAGGAACUUCUAAAGCCACCGAGCCAAGGGGAGCUUCCAAGCACAGAGUACCUGCAACCCCCAGCACCUGGACGCUGCAGCUGCCAGCUACGCAGUAGUCCCGUGCAGCAGGGACCUGGCAUGUCUCGUGAACAGAGGCGCAGCUGUGACUGCAAGCGCAUCUGCCGAGGAGGUCGGUCACAGGCUGCCCAGACCCCAGUGCCUGGCUUCCGGGAGAGGGAGAGGGUUCCCCCUACCCAGAGGCAGCCAGAGGCUGACCCAGGCUUGAGCCUUAGUCCCAUCAACAUCCAGCGCAUCCGCUCCACCAGCCUGGAGUCCCGUGAGUGCAGGUCAGAUCCUGAGAGUGGUGUUUCAUGCCUGACCACGUGUGCCUCAGGGGGUGAGUGUUUGGGAGAUCCCAACUACAGGAAACUGAUGCAUCGCUACAGUAUUGGUGAGCUGGACCAGGGUGACAGGGCCUCACUGACCUCAGAUAUCUACCCACACCCACCCCUGGGAAUGCUGCCUAGAGAGGUCAAGGAGAUAGACACAGGCCUCCCGCUAGGCUUGGGUCCAAAAAGCAAGUAUGCGGAGUCACCAACUCUAGGAGACCCCUCCUAUGUCCAAGUAGCCCCUGAGAGUAAAGGCCCCAGGCAGAUGGCUGUGUUCUCACUGCCAGAGGAGGUCUACCGGAGGCCAGCUGAUCUGGAUGAGGACAGUGAAAGUAGCAAGUGUUGUUCCAUUCGCUACUGCUUCUACUACCGCAAGUGUGACAUGGCAGAUGAUGCCAGUGAUGGCAAGGAUGAGCUUUCCUAUUCCAUCCCCAUGAAGAUUCUGCCUGGCAUGAAAUUGGAUGAGCAGGUGGUACCUGUGGUGAGCAGAACCCUACAGGUACUGGAUGCUGCCACCUGCAGCAGCAGCCCCGAGGCCCCCCACACCCAGGAGAUUGACCUUCGGGUGUCUACCUUUGAGGGGAGCCUGGCUAAGAUCAAUGCCCUGCGGGCCCAUGCCUAUGGCCUCCCUGAUGGCUUCUUGGCUGCCCGUCUGGACACCAAUGAGCUGCUUACAGUCUUGCGGCAGUGUGUGGCCAGCCCUGAGGCCCGUGCUCCCAAGCCCUAUGUCUCUCAAAUUUCCGAGUACAAGCUUGAGCUAUCUCUCAAGUUCAAGGAGCUCAGGGCCUCCUGCCGCCGUGUAGCCAACGUGGACAAGAGCCCAACUCACAUGCUGGCGGCCAUCACAGGCAGCUUCCAGGUGCUGAGCAGCCUCAUUGAAACCUUUGUACGGCUAGUGUUCAUCGUGCGCUCUGAGGCCCAGCGCCAGGAGCUGCUUGCCAAAGUAGAAGAGGUAGUGAGGAAUUACACCUUCCUGCUGCGUGCUGCUGAGGAGUCCACAGCUCGGAACCUUAACCAGCAGCAGCAGCAGCAGCAGCAGCAGCAGCAACAGCAGCAGCAGCAGCAGCCUCCGCUGCCACUGCCACUGCCACUGCCACAGCUGCCAGCAGCCACAGGGCACCCACCAGGCUCCCCAUCAUCGACUGUUAUGAGCACAUUCACACGCUCCUUAAAAACCCUUAUCAAGUAGGGCACUUGCCCAGGCUUGUCCCUUCCCCACCCACAGCCCCAGGUUUGAGCUUUGUGGUCUUUGCAUCUUUGUGGUGAGUGUGUGUGCGUGUGUGUGUCUGCUGGGCCAGUCAGGGUCCAAGAGCCUAUCAGUCUCCAAGGCUAACUCCCUAGACUAAGGCUCUCUAUUAAGAGCUGCAGGCUUAGCUGCCGCCCUGGGUGUACUCACCCCUGCCUGGCCUCUGGGCGUCACUGUGAGGGCAAAGGUCCCUUGCCAUUACGUCCACCACAGAGCUGUAUUUUAUCUCUUCUCUGGGGCUGAUAGGUGACAUCAGGUUCACCUCUUGCUCUGAGUUGGGCACUGGGGAAGCCAGGACCUCGAGCUCCUCCUAGCAUCUGCUGCCUCACAGAGGGCAGUGGCAGUAGCGGUAGGCCACAGCGCCAAACCAAGGAGAGAGGGCGCUCAGUCCAGAUGCACCCACCUACCAUGGGCUCUUUUGUACCUGGCAGGAGCCACCUCAAGGGCCAGUGCCCAGGUAGGAUAUGUGCAGAAUACAGCCAUGCCUGGCUGUCAGUGGCUGGCUCAACAGGCUGGAAGCCUUGGGAGCCCUUGCCCCCCAGGUUCAGUAGCUCCACACCAGCCAUCCCUAAAGUGCCCUGCCCCUUUCUGAUGGGCAGGGCAGCUCAGUCCACUAGGGAGCAAGCCUCUGAGAUCACCUCACUUGUUUUGGGUAAGGUAUCUGGUGAAAAUGUCUGCUCUGGGGAGACCCAGUGCUGGCAUCAGAGCCUGCUCAGCUCAACCCAGCCCUGUUUGCAGGAGCUGUUGGCCAGAGGCAUGUGGCUCCUCUCUCAAGAUCUCUAUCAGAUAGACUGUCCUUAGGAGUUUGAUGUAGCUACGGAUUGGGAUAGGGGGUGGGGGGAGGGGGGAAGGGUGGGGGUGUUGAUGACUAUAUCUUAAACUUCUGGAAGCUAGCGUGAUAUGUUAAUCCUGAGUAUAUGCUUUUGGCUGUGUAUUGACCCUGUGGAUUUGUCUCUCUAAGAAAAGAAGCUGAGCGCCUUACCCAGUGCAGUCCUGCACCUCUCUCUCCCUCUCUGGAACCAUCUGGAAGGGAAUUCACACUGUUUAGCAUACUCUUUGACACUCAUCUAUUGCCACUGCUACCACCACCACCACCACUGUCACCGCUGCCACCGCUGCUGCCGCUGCUGCCAUCCACCCCUACCCCUAGCCCUUCUGGGAGUGAAGACACGGAGUCCCUACAGUUAUCUCACUGUAGGAAACAAAGAAA